AUGCAGGUGGAAAAGCCGGAAACAAGCAUCACAUACCACCCGCUGUUUUGUUCGGAAGAAGCCAACGUCGUCCUGGGCUGCAAAGAUGGCUCGAUGUACUUCCGGCUGCACGCUUUCACGCUCAAGACCGCGUCGAGCUGGUUCCGCGCCAUGUUCACCCUGCCCCAAUGCAGCGACACCGCCACGAUCACCUCGUCGCCCGCCGCCUCCGACGUCAUCCGGCUCGACGAGGACGCGCCCACGCUCGAGGCCCUCUUCCGCAUGAUCUGCGGGCUGCCCAUCCCGCCGCUCGACUCGUACGACACGAUCGAGCCGCUCCUCUACGCCGCCGACAAGUACGACAUGCCCGGGCCCAUCUCCAUC